CUCUCUUCCUUUCUCUCUCCCUGAUUGUUUAGCCAUGGCGGACUCGUCAGGGACGACCCUGAUGGAUCUGAUAACGGCCGACCCGUCCACGGUGUCAGCAACGACGUCGUCUUCGUCAUCGGCGCAGUCGUCGGCUCCUCCUCCUCCGUAUGCGGCGGCUUCUCGGGGCACCAGCCCGGGCUCGGCUCUGGGAAAGCCUGCCGUGGAGAAGAGGUCGAAGCGGGCGGCACUGAUGCAGAUCCAGAACGACACCAUCUCCGCCGCCAAAGCUGCUUUGAAUCCCGUGCGCACCAACAUCAUCAUGGGGCCCCAGAAGAACCGCCACAAGCAGAAAAAGCCUGUUUCAUACGCUCAACUUGCGAGGAGCAUUCACGAGCUGGCUGCUUCUUCCGAUCAGAAAAGUUCCCAGAAGCAGUUGGUGAAUCACGUCUUUCCCAAGCUUGCCGUCUACAAUUCUGUUGACCCCUCCGUCGCCCCUUCUCUUCUCAUGCUCAAUCAGCAGUGUGAGGAUAAAAGCGUUCUACGGUAUGUCUAUUAUUACUUGGCCAGGAUUUUAUCUGACACUGGUGCUCAAGGUGUAACCACGGGCGGUGGGAUCCCAACUCCAAACUGGGAUGCUCUAGCUGACAUUGAUGCUAUCGGAGGGGUCACUCGAGCUGAUGUUGUACCAAGAAUAGUAAAUCAGCUCACUAUAGAGGCUAAAAAUGCCGAUCCAGAAUUUCAUGCACGAAGACUGCAAGCUUUGAAGGCUCUUACAUAUGCCCCAUCAACAAAUUCUGAAAUAUUGUCCCAAUUGUAUGAAAUUGUUUUUGGCAUUCUUGAUAAGGUUGCUGAUGGCCCACAAAAACGCAAGAAAGGUGUGUUUGGGACUAAAGGUGGCGAUAAAGAGUUCAUCAUCCGAAGUAACUUGCAAUAUGGUGCCCUAAGUGCUCUUAGAAGACUUCCAUUGGAUCCAGGAAACCCAGCUUUUUUGUACCGUGCUGUUCAAGGGGUUUCGUUUGCUGAUCCUGUUGCUGUAAGGCAUUCUUUGGAAAUUCUGUUUGAGCUAGCCACAAAAGACCCUUAUGCAGUUGCAAUGGGCUUAGGGAAACACGCAGAGCCUGGAGGGGCUUUACAGGAUGUUCUCCAUUUGCAUGAUGUCCUUGCUAGAGUUGCUCUGGCUAGGUUGUGCUAUACAAUUUCAAGAGCACGAGCAUUGGAUGAGAGGCCUGAUAUUAGAUCUCAGUUCAACUCUGUACUCUAUCAACUCCUCCUGGAUCCCAGCGAAAGAGUUUGUUUUGAGGCAAUCUUAUGUAUAUUGGGAAAACAGGAUAACUCAGAAAGGACUGACGAUCGAGCUGCCGGAUGGUACCGAUUAACUAGAGAGAUUCUCAAGUUGCCUGAAGCACCUUCUGUGAAGGAUUCCUCCAAAGAUAAAGCUCAAAAGACAAGGCGCCCUCAACCCCUCAUUAAACUUGUAAUGAGAAGAUUGGAGAGUUCUUUCCGAAGUUUUUCUAGGCCAGUACUCCAUGCAGCAUCAAGAGUUGUGCAGGAGAUGGGAAAGAGUAGGGCUGCUGCAUUUGCUCUAGGCAUACAGGAUAUCGACGAAACAGUGCAUGUUAACACAUUUUCUGAGACUGUUGAUUCCCGCGAGAUAGAUAGUAGUGAAGCCUCACAUCCUGAGAGUAUCCGAAGAACGUCCUCCUUAUCUACUGGGGUAGGUGGCAAGGAUACAAUUGCUAGUUUGUUGGCUUCAUUAAUGGAAGUUGUGCGGACAACCGUGGCAUGUGAGUGUGUUUAUGUUCGAGCUAUGGUUAUUAAGGCAUUGAUCUGGAUGCAAAGUCCACAUGAUUCGUUUGAUCAACUAGAAUCUAUAAUUGCAUCAGAGCUUUCUGAUCCAGCUUGGCCAGCCACGCUCCUGAAUGAUAUUUUACUCACUUUGCAUGCUCGGUUUAAGGCAACUCCAGAUAUGGCCGUCACUCUUCUUGAAAUUGCAAGGAUCUUUGCAACUAAAGCUCCGGGGAAGAUUGAUGCUGAUGUACUACAACUACUGUGGAAGACUUGCCUUGUUGGAGCUGGUCCUGAUGGGAAACAUACUGCAUUAGAAGCGGUUACCAUAGUUCUUGAUUUACCACCACCACAACCUGGGUCAAUGUUGGGGAUUACAUCAGUUGACAGGGUAUCUGCUUCUGAUCCAAAGGCAGCUCUGGCUUUGCAGAGAUUAGUACAAGCUGCAGUAUGGUUUCUUGGAGAAAAUGCAAACUAUGCUGCUUCUGAAUAUGCUUGGGAAUCCACAACCCCUCCUGGUACCGCAUUGAUGAUGCUAGAUGCAGAUAAGAUGGUUGCUGCAGCCAGUUCCCGUAACCCUACUCUAGCUGGUGCAUUGACUAGGCUACAGAGGUGUGCAUUCAGUGGCAGCUGGGAGGUUCGGAUCAUUGCUGCUCAAGCUCUCACAACUAUGGCAAUAAGAUCUGGUGAGCCUUUUAGGCUGCAAAUAUACGAAUUUCUACACACUAUAGCUCAGGGCGGAGUGCAGUCUCAGUUUUCUGAGAUGCAUCCCAGUAAUGGAGAAGACCAGGGAGCUAGUGGAACAGGCCUCGGAGUUCUAAUCAGUCCCAUGAUAGAGGUUCUUGAUGAAAUGUAUAGGGCGCAAGAUGAUUUGAUCAAGGAAAUGCGCAACCAUGAUAAUGUGAAUAAGGAAUGGACAGAUGAAGAGCUUAAGAAACUCUACGAAACCCAUGAAAGGUUGCUUGAUCUUGUUUCUCUGUUUUGUUAUGUUCCAAGAGCAAAAUAUCUGCCUUUGGGGCCAAUAAGUGCAAAACUUAUCGACAUCUAUCGCACCAGGCACAAUAUUAGUGCAUCAACUGGUUUGAGUGAUCCAGCAGUUGCUACAGGAAUUUCUGAUCUUAUGUAUGAAUCUAAACCAGCAGCAGUAGAGUCCGAUAUGCUUGAUGAUGACCUUGUAAAUGCUUGGGCAGCAAACCUUGGUGAUGAUGGACUUUUAGGAAAUAAUGCACCGGCAUUGAGCAGGGUUAAUGAAUUUCUUGCUGGUGCUGGAACUGAUGCUCCUGAUGUUGAUGAAGAAAACAUAAUCUCUAGGCCAUCAGUUAGUUAUGAUGAUAUGUGGGCAAAGACGCUUUUAGAGACUUCAGAACUGGAGGAAGAGGAUGCGAGGUCAUCCGGGUCAUCUUCCCCUGAAUCAACAGGCUCGGUUGAAACUUCCAUAUCAUCCCAUUUUGGGGGAAUGAAUUACCCUUCACUUUUCAGUUCACGGCCGGAGAGGUCUGGAGGAAGCAGAUAUAGCAAUCCAUCUAUGGGGGGUCCCUCAUUCAGUGAGGGUUUAGGAUCUCCAAUUAGAGAAGAUCCUCCGCCAUACUCGUCACCUGCCACGCAAAGAUUUGAGUCGUUUGAGAAUCCCCUAGCUGGAUCCCAGAGUUUUGGAUCCCAAGAUGACGAACGUGUUUCUUCUGGAAAUCCUCAACAUGGAACAGCACUUUAUGACUUCACUGCUGGUGGAGAUGAUGAGUUAAAUUUAACAUCCGGAGAGGAGGUUGAUAUUGAGUAUGAAGUGGAUGGCUGGUUUUAUGUAAAGAAGAAACGCCCUGGGAGAGAUGGGAAAAUGGCUGGUCUGGUCCCAGUCCUCUAUGUUAGUCAAUCUUGAAUCUUGAUAUGCAGAUUGACCUGCUAUUCUUGGUUCUGCACUGUCUUAUGUUAGGCAGUGGGCUUGAUUGCGCUACCUGGGAGUUUGAGUCUCCAGAUUAGUGCCACAUUAGUGAAUCUCCUAGCACAUCCACAUUUUUUUUGGCAGUGGGAGUUCCAUGAGAGUUAACCAGGAUAUUGGUCCAUUGUUUAUAGUUCUUGAUUGUAGUAUAUGUUCCCAUUGUUUAUAAUUGUUGGUUGUUUUAUAUGUUAACGUUGCUAUACUUCAAUUGUGUUUUUGAUUAGGUGACUACAAAGUGUAUACCCUAUAUACGAGUGAUUUGAGAUUCAUAUAAGCCAUUUGAGAUGUUUCUCAAAUAUUAGAAGUCUAGUCAAAAACUUCGAAAGUUAUAUUAUACACCUAACCGGCAUUUAUUACUCAUGAAAUUAGAAUCUAU